AAGCAUGGGAAGGGUGAGAGAGUAGAGAAUAUCAUUUGGUGUAGCUGGCUAGGAGAAAAACAUGGGUGUCUCUAAUUCUGUUGCGCUGGUGGUUGUUCUUCUAGUUGCAGCUGCCAUGUUCACCGUGCAGCUAGGUCUGGUCACAGCAGCAGCAGCAGUUGCAGAUGAUAAGAAUAUUAUUAUAAAUAAUAGGGAACUGAGAGAACGGCGGCCACCUCCAUUUCGUCCAAAAUCACCACUUGCAAACCAACAACCAGGCAUGAGACUUCCUGCUCCCGAUCCUCCACCUCCUCCUCCUCCUCCUCCCCCGCGCUCGCUUCCAAACAACUUCAACAAUAACCGUGCCUGAUGAUGACAAUAAAUAACUCAUCAUCUAACAUGUUGCUGCUACUUCACUUUUAUUUUAUAUCUAGCAAAUGAUGUUUCCUUGUUUUCUUCCCUCUGUAAUUUGGCCCAUAAACGGAUAAGAUUAUUGCUGAGGGUUUUUUUCUUUUCUUUUCUCGUCACGGGAUCAGCUUGGCGGGUCCUGUGUUUUUAAUAUAAAUAAAUAUAU